AUGUCCAUCUCACCCUCAAUAUCCUCCCCUUCCCUGUAUUCCGCUCGAUCACCUUGUCGACCUAACGAUACCCCUGGUUCAAGGCUUCUUCGCGUAUUCACAGAAUCCGAAUAUGGUCACGGUUCUGAAGGUGCAGACACUCCUCGCUACACUCGCCGCACUGAAUCUCCUCUCUCCUUCCUCGCUCACAGACCUGAUUCUCGAUACGAUUCUCCACGAGCGAAAGAAUCUCAACCCCCUGUAGUCAUCAACGACCUCACUGCUUCCACCCCUACAGCGAUACCCUCUGCGGAAGAAGAAGAGGACGACGUCUAUGCUGACCAGGAAGAAGAUGAUAUAGUUAAAAAUUAUAGGCGCUGUUCUCUCCUUGCCGGUCCUCGAGUGACAAAGUAUGGUGAUAUGGAAUGGGAAGAAUUAGGGGCAUUGCCCACUGUCACUGUUCAACCACAAUUGUCCGUCAAGCGGAAGCUCAAAUCGAAAAGACCAAGCACCACUGCUCGUAUUCUUAACAGGUUCGGAUCGACUUCCCCUGCACCACCAACAAAAGUGGCUUCUUCCACACCAUCCCAAAACACCUCCAUUCCGAAUAAUAACCAUUCUGUCAUUUCGAACGCCCGUCGUAACCUCUCUUCACUUCUCGGAGGCGGUUCCAUGGGAGGAAGUAAGACGUCUUUACAUCCUCCCAAUACUGGUAGCCUCACGACUCACAGUGAUGCUAGUGUAGGUUCUGUGGAUUCUCUGGCAUCCACCAUCACCGGAUCAUCAAGUAGCGCACUUGGCAAUAGUUUCUUACCAGCUUCUUCAUCCACGGGUUCUGGCGACUCUGGCAGUUCUGGUCAGACGGUCAGUACGAGUGUUUCGGACCAACAACGAUUAACGACUCCUAAACAUCCUUCUGUAUUGCCGAUCAUGCCCACUUAUGGUCCCAUGCUUGGUCUUGGUCUAGGAUCAGGAAUAGGGUUAGGUCUCAGUAUCGAAACUACGCCGACUGGCAAACGAUCCUCUAUCGACACACAAUCUAAAGAAGAGACCCCGAGAUAUAAAUCAGCCUACAGUGGGGUGUAUCCUGAAUAUUGCGAUGGACAAGGAGUGAAUGACACGUCUAAUGGAGAUACGGGAUUUCUGGAUGGAUCUCUUUUCGGAACUACCAAACCUCGUACUCCGAGAGAAGGACAAACACCUCGAAUUUCCGAUACGGUUUCUCUCUCCGUAUCGAAUCAACUGGAUUUACAAACAGAUAAUCUGGUAGGAGUUGGAGUAGGGACCACAGGAGCUAUUCGACUUAUUUCUCUUGAUGACGCUAGGAAACAACAAAAACGUGAUUACGAACCUUCUUCCAUUCAAUCUCGUUCUCCAUCCAUCCCUUCGGUACAUUCAACUAGUAGUCCUGUCAAGAUCGAAACCUCCUCCACAUCCUCACAACUCAUCCGUCCACAACAAGGUGUAUAUCUUUCCAGAGGAGAUAGUUACUAUUCCAUGAACAACUCUCGAACUUCAUUCACAAUCGAUCCAAACCCUCUUACCCGCUCUUCAGAAGGUAACAACGAUUCUAAUACUUCUCGUCGAAAUCAUCGUGAACGUGAACGUCCUUCACUAGCUACAGUUCGUUUAAGGGGUGACGAAAUUCGAUCCAACACAGCUUUAUGUGUAAUGAGCGAAUAUAACGCCAGUGUUUCUCAACUUCAUCUUCCAUCAAGUACCAACUCAACAACUUCCAGUUCUAUGCCUGAAAAAUUCUUAAAGGGAAAGAAAAGUAUAAUGAAAUUUCUAAAGUCUGCAGCGGCAGUUGCGGCACCUCCUAAGAUGCCUGCGUAUGACCCUUCUGCUUAUCUUUUAGGAGGAGAAACAUUACCUCCUACAUCAGUUGUGGGGGUCAAUGCAAAUGGAAACAAGUCGAACGUUUCUUUGAGUUUGUUAGUAGCUUUGGGGAAAUCAAGUGCGGACAUUUCUAGAAAAUCCUUUUCUUCAGAUGUAUCGAAAGAAGAAAAAAGGUUGAGAUCGAAUAGGAAACAACGUGAAACUCAAGGUGUCAUUAUUAUUGAUCGAUCUCCAAACCACGCUCAAUCCGUUCAGAGUGUCCCUUCCAACUCUCAAUCUCAAUCUCAAUCUCAAUCUAACUCUCAAUUACAAAUACAAUCUCAACUUCGUAGAUCUACUUCUUCCACCAGACAUACCGACAACGAACAAUCACUCAGAUCACCAAGAUCUAGAAUAUCAACAGAAUCAGAGGAAGGAUCAGAAAGUACUUUGGAAUCAAAAUGGGAAAUCAGAACUACAAACUUAUUGCCCAGGUUGGAACUACGACCAGUAUCGAUGUUAUUCUCCAGUGGUUUACCUCCUGACCUCCUUUCCUCUGACUCCGAGCUAUCAUCCACAUCGACACAAUCGACCGUUCUUCAAACUGAAUCGACAAUCGACCGAUUAGGUUCAGGUUCAGGUCCAGGAUUGGGACUGGGGUUAGGUAUAGAUUUCGGACCAAAAUCGCCUGCUGGAUCUUACACUUCUUCAUCACCUUUACCGGGAUUAUCACCAUCUACAGCCUCUACCAGGGGUACAAUUCCGCCUAAUCCCAUGGACGCCGCUAUAGGUUUGGGUAUGGAUAUAGGGGAAGAUAGAAGAGCUAGAAGUGUUUCACCUGCUCCUACUGCCUUAUCAUCAUAUACCGACAAGAGUGGGGACCGAUCAACGGUCGAAAAGUCAGAAGCCGAGUUGUUAGCUAGAACUAUAAGGGCUGAGUUGUUGAAUGCGAGGAAAAUGUGGUUGGUUCAAAUAUCAGAAUUACAAGCUCAGGUAAGGGAAUUGAAGUUGGAUCUGGAGAAAAAGGAUGAGGUGGAGAAAGGUGGAAAGAAAUGUGAGACUUGUGGAUGUGAAUGUGGGAAGAGAUUGGGAGUGGACGGGGCGAUUUCAGGUAUUGGAAAUAGUAUUGGCAAUGUGGGGAGCGCUGGGAGUGGAAGAGAGGAAGGGGUAAGAGGUGGUGGGAAUGGAAGGGAUACAGGUAAAGGGACGGGGGUGAUGGAUCGUGGAAGAGCUAAGACUGGUGGUGCAAGAGGUGUUUUCGGAUCGGGGAGUUUAUAUGAGCGGGAGUGA